AUGGGUGUUGCAAUUUCCAGAAAAUCUAUUCUUGGGGGGCAUUGUGUGGAUACUGGUGAAUUUUUAGGAGAACCUCUAACUGAAUAUAUUGACACUUUUGUUUCGGUUGGCGGGGUUGCCUAUGGAAUGGAAUGGUGCCCCAAAAAUCUCCCAGCCUGUAAUACGAUAGAUGGAAUGGUUUGUGAUUCAGAAUAUAUGAUGGACAUUAACCAGGCAAUGGCUCGUUAUGAAGGAGAAAAUUCUUUUGCAAUUUAUAGCAGAGAUGAUUACAUUGUUGGCCAAGUUUGUUGUGGCCAUCCCUGCAGUGAACUAAAAAAUGCAAAUUUAACUAUAGCUAUGCGUUAUCAUGACCACGUUACUGUUUUUACGAGAACAAUGCCUUUGCAAUAUUCGUUGGUUACCAACCAUAGCGGGGCUGAUUAUUGA